AUGGCGGUGCCGGUGUCGGUGCCGGCGCUGAUGCCGGUGUCGGUGCCGGUGUUGAUGGCGGGGCCGGUGUCGGUGCCGGCGCCGGCGCUGAUGCCGGUGUCGGUGCCGGUGUCGGUGCCGGUGCCGGUGCUGAUGCCGGUGUCGGUGCCGGUGCUGGUGCCGGUGUUGAUGGCAGUGCCGGUGUCGGUGCCGGUGCCGGCGCUGAUGCCGGUGUCGGUGCCGGCGCUGAUGCCGGUGUCGUACGCGCUCGUGAGGGACGUGGUGGCGGCGCUGCGGCGGCACCGCAUGCACGAGCAGCAGUUCCGGCACGCGCCGCUCCUCGUGCUCAGCAACUUCGGCCUGCCGCACAUCCACGUCAAGCUCAUGGCCACCGUCUUCCAGAACAUGUUCCCCUCCAUCAACGUGCACCAGGUCAACCUCAACAGCAUCAAGCGCUGCCUGCUCAUCAGCUACGACUCCGACUCGCAGCUCCUGGACCUGCGGCACUACAGCAUCAAGGUGGUGCCCGUGGGCGUCAGCAAGGGCCUCAAGAAGCUGCUGCAGGAGAAGUUCCCCAACAUGAGCCGCCUGGAGGACAUCAGCGAGCUGCUGGUCAAGUGA